AUGGUUCUUUCAACACCUGCAAUAAUCCAAGAAAAGUGCAAUAAAUUUGUGGUAGACUAUAAUAAGCUUUAUGCAAAUACUUUGUCACAAAAAUACUUACAUAAUGGAAUAUGGAAAGAGAGCAAUAAAUAUCUAGUAGGUGUUGCAGAUAAGAUCUUGGAUACUUU